AGCAAAGAGUUGUCCCUCGCAUGGAAAGACGCCGCAGAGGCUUGCUGGCUGCUCGGAGCGGCACGGAGGAGGACGCGGAGUGUUCGUUACUUCUACCCGGACUCGAACCCCCGAACGGAACCGAAGCGGACGACCGCAUUAGCACAUAAAGCGUACGUUCGUGUUCUCCCACGAGUUACAUACGUUGCUAACUCCCAUCACAACAUGCGUGGGAACUACUAAACUAGCAUGUUCACCUGCCACUUUGGUCAUUUUCAGGAUGAGGAAGAAGCAGACAGUCAAGCAGAGGAAGACGGAGGAGACAUCUACUAUUGUCCAGGAGUUUGCGGUGGAGAGAAUAACUCGACGUAGAAUCUUCAAUGGAAGAGUAGAGUACUUGCUCAAGUGGAAAGGCUUCACUGACGCUGACAACACGUGGGAGCCCGAGGACAACCUGGACUGUCCUGAACUGAUCGAGGACUUUCUGAGGAAUCAUUUCUCAGGCGUUGAUGAGGAAGUGGAGCAGGGGUUCGUUCUUAAAGAGGAAAUGGCAGACGAGACGGAAAUUUCCCCGUCACAGACUCACACUCAUCACUCCAAUGGUGACGGCGUGGGAGAUGCAGACUCACCCGCCGAGCACAGCGCUUACCCCCAGCCGGACUGCAUCAUCGGCUCCACAGACCGAAAAGGAGAGCUGGUAUUUCUGGUGAAAUGGAAUAACUCGGGCGACGUGGCCCUGCUGUCGGCCCAUGAAGCGAGCGCCAGGUGUCCCCAAGCAGUCAUUGACUUCUACGAGCAGAGGCUGACCUGGCACUGCGGCGAAGACGAGCAGUGACGUGUGCGAUUGUAGGCCCAGGUGAACCUGCAGGACGUUUUACCUCCUUUGAGCGCCGUCGCUCAGCUGAUGUCACUGUGGAGACGAAUGCCGAAUUUGUUGCAACCUGAAGCCUUUUUCUCGCCUCAACAUGUAGCACACACACACAAUCUUUGUAUAUAACAUGUCUUUGUCGGUGGGAAUUUCACAUUUUAGUCCCUUUUCCCUCUCACCUUAUUGCUCUUCCUGUGUGCGGGUUGUUGUUUAGAGUGUUGUUGCACAAUUUAGCAUUAGCGUUUAGGUGGAAGAAGAAUUAAAUGUGUUACUUAAUGAGUGUAUUAACAUUAAUUCAACAGUUUACAUGCAAUAUACAGUAGAUCCCCGCUUUUACAGUCUAUUUUUCACAUUCUACAUAAGCUCUAUAACAACAUGCAUAAUUUGACACUUAUUAAACAUAUUUUAAAACACUAA